CCCAUUCCCAAAUCCUCCUCAAGAAAUGGCUCUCCACACCCUCCUUCUGAUCCUCUUAGCUCUCAACCACUUUCAAUCUUCUACCUCUCUAAUUUCCACCCCCGAUCUGAAUUCUCGCUACCCGAGUCCCAGAGCCAUCUCGGAUUUGAAGGAGGCGAUAGUGAAAGGGAUGGGAUUCCAAGCCGAUGAUCUGAAGAUAUCGGGGUUUGAUCUGAGGGAAGCGCAGGUGGGGCAUUCGGUGGCGUAUGAGUUUGACGUGGAGGUAGAUAACAAGGUGCUGCCUUUUAAGCUUUUGGAGGAUGUUGACCGCUGGGAGUACGUUGACCUCCCGUUGUUUCGGGUCGAGGAUGAGAACGGGUUGGUCCAGAAGGAGAAGCUGGAUCAAGGCUUGCCUCCGGUUUUGGCUCCGUUUCAGUUGGCCGGCCCGAUGGAGCUGUGGAUUCAGGACGGUAAAGACAUGAGGCUAUCGCUUCCGCAUGAUGUGGAUGCUGGUGUGUUGAAGAAGGUGAUUUUAGCAGAAGGGGCUGUGGUUACCGUGACGGGUGCUAGGUCAGUGAGCCUAAGGCACCCUCUUCAGCUCCCAUUGCCAUUGAAUCGAACUAGCAGUGGUGUUGCUUCUGGGCUUGUUGCCCUAGCUGAAUGGCUACGUCAUGCUUCUAGAACCGAAUCAGCUCCGUUGCUGUCUCUCCGUAUUGUUGGUCCAACUGCUCUUACAUCCCCUGCUUCAACCUCAUCCUCCAUGAACAACAAGCUCAAGCUUAAGCGGCUUGCUCCUGGCCUUGUGGAGUUGUCAUCACCAGCUAACACAAGACCCAUGUCUGUUGAGCUACAAAACCAAGAGACCACCAUUUUAACUCCAAAAUAUUUCACAACUGUUUGGCCCCUUACUUCUGUUAAUGGGUCGAAUGGCAACUUGCUGGCUUUUGAGACACUGCUUUCGACUGUUCUUGGUCCCAAGGCAAACCAAAAAGGCUCCUUUAAAUUGUUGAAGGCAGAUGUGUCGGCGCAGACGUUUUUGAAGAUUGGGUUUGGGGUGGAGAAGAAGGUGAAAGAAGGAAAUGGGAUAGACUGGACAGGUUUUCCAGCAUGGAGGACAAAGCCUGAGACUGUAAGGAUGCAUUUUGAGGUGCUCGCCAAGGUUGAUGGUGAUAAAAUUGUGCCAGAGAGAGUGGUUCCAGUUAACCCUGUCAUCUUGGAGGAUACUAUCACACCUAAUGUCCUGUCCGGGAAUGUCUCCAUGUCCAGGACCCCCGUAGCUCAACCUCCCCCUAUUCCCUUCACCUUGUAAAUCGUCUUUUUUAUGGGAUUCUGGAUAGAGUCUGAUAGAGUAAAAAUGAAACAGUUUUUGUUUUGAAAGAUUAUGGGGUUAGAUGAGGUCUGAUACUGUAAAUAUACCAUACGUUACUAAAGGCUGCAAUUGUUUUUUCUCUCUUUGAUUGUCCAAUAAGGUUUGAGGAGUGAGAAUGUGAGGGCUGCUUUGUUAGUGUUAUGUAGCAUGUACACCAUGAAAGUGAAAUGAAGACAUGUUUUCUUAUAUAUACUUACAUUAAGCUUCGUAUGUUUGAACUUGCAAGGUUAAAUAUGUGACGGUAUAAUACUACCUGGUUUAUUCAUGUCCUCCAAGUACAUUCAGAGAAACAACAGCAACUAUCAGAUCCCUUGUAAGUGACUAAAAUUUACUUCCUGAUGAAUGAAACACCCUUUUCGAUGCUUCCUGCCAACUCUCUUUUUGCCUUCUCUAAACCGAUCCUGCUGACGGCCAAGACAAUAGAGUUUGUAAGAGGAAAUGAAGAAG